GGUUACCAAGAACCCAUAGGCUGCCAAAAAGUUAUUAUACCAAUUUUGAUACUACUCAAUUUGGUAGAAUGGCAAAAUUCUGCAGAAAGCUUUUGGCCUACAGAAGACUUGUGAACUCCUUAUAAUUGCCGCAGCAGCUAGGUAGUCUACGGGUACUCAUGGGCGCCCAAACUGAAACCCUAGCUGAGUCAUAAACUAGGUUACUGCAGUGCGAUAAGAACCUCCGUAUUACUUCCUUGGGUCCUUAGAGUGAAUUCUACUCCCAGAUGUCAGCUUCAGAUCACAUGUCCGCUGCUGUGCCUCUAUGGCGUAUUUUGUGCCGUAAUUUGGGUAGUUAGUAGGCAGAUGCAGGCAAUCUAGAAGCUGAGGCAAAAACAUAGUUGGAUAGGUCGAAGGUGAGAAUAUAUUUGACAAAAGCUAGCCUGGUCUCUUUCCUAUACGUGAUGCUGCUGAGAGGCCCCGGAUUUGUCAACGCAUGCAAUUCGUUCAACGUCAAAAUGGAGGUUAACAACAACGCUACCUUCUAUCAUGUUGAGAACAUGACAACGAAAGAAGAACGACAACGCACAAGGAACCGAUUAGCUCAGCAAAAGAAGUUGGCUAGGGCCAACGGCAAGAACACUCGAGUUCACCAAGUCGAAGAAUCACACCUAACUCAACCAGCCACGACACACUACCCAUCUUGGGAUGGAGACGACAUGCACAUGAUCAAUCCCUUCGAACCGGAUCCGACCCUUGUUUUCGACUUCGCCGACACUGACGUUGAUGCAAGUGUGAGCUCCCAUACACCCGAGAAGCCUUCGGCCUUGACAGACUUUCGUGCGAGCAAUACGGCUAUCAUUAGCUCACUCAUACCGUCAAGCAGCGACGCAGAUUGGCGUGCAUCUGCUGGCAUCGGCAACGUCCAGUCUAUUCCAAAUACAGGCGAUCUUCAGAGCAGCCAUCUGUCUCUAGUGAACAGCACGGCUCGCCCCAAGCACAAUCCUCAUCAAUCAUCAACUCAAUCGUUGAUAGAAGAAACGGACAACGUUCAGUAUCUACUUAGCCCUGUUAGCAAAUCACCAGAGGGAUGCCACAAACAGUCUCCCCGCCAUAGCCACCAUCAUUUACCAUCCAGCAUUAUGCAAGAAGGCCGACAACAGAGUCGUACAGAGUUCCACCACCCUGCUCCUAUCCAGGAUAGACAUACAACUCGACAUAGCUGCCGCUCCACUAGUACAGAUCCUGAAAGUCUUGAGUCAAAUCCAAGAGGCAAACAAGCUCACGAUUUUGAAUCUUUAGAAUCGCGAUUGGAGCGUGUAUUGCACGUCGUGGAAGACAAUGGUUUCGACUCCAUUGAUUCGAUGACAUCAGCUUAUUAUACCCAUAAGUUCUCUGACUCCUCUAUUAUAGGACCUAUACAGUUUGCUAGUCGUUCCCGAAGACUUCGUAGCUUACUCUGCAGUCUCCAGGAAAGCCAUAUGGAAUGGAGCGCACGAGAGAUGAGGGCAUAUCGAGAUGAAGUCAGCCAUAUGGCCGAAAAGCUUUAUUUUGGUGAGCUUCGCCAACUGGUCCUGUCACGCAAGUCCCAUUACCCGGAUAGUCGAUGUGCCUCAGUACAAGAUAAAUCCUUUCAAGAGUCCGCAGAACUGUCUGUGGAUACCUCCCGAGGCGAGAUUGCCCGUCGAAUUCAAGAAUUGCUGUCUCAGCCAGAUAUCGCACGGUUCGUACAGAAAGACGCAGCUACAUUACAAAAUUCGGUAAGUAUUUGUUGCACGUCGUCUAAAUGGUAGCGUGUGUAAUCGCGUACUAAAUAUUUCCUCUCGAUUUAAGGCAUCAGAUACUUGGUCUCUCUUAACAGAGCUGGCGCGAAAGGCGGGAAUGCAACCUGAUACGAGGGCGCGUGCCGCAAGCGCCAUUAUGUAUCUUCUUACAUCCCCACCAACGACAAGAUGUUGAUUUAGUUAAUAAUUAUGCUGAUAAAUUGUCAUGGGUGGAUGUUCCCGGAGUGAAGCUUGGUUGUAAGUAGGUACCACCUGAGUAGUAGAUAUUAGAUCGAAUGUAUGGAUAGGGGCUCGCUCAGUAAUGUUGAUCCCUAGCCUUCCUAUUACUCAAGGGGGUCUCUUGCCCUCUUAUAUUUGACUACCAAGCUAUCCCCAUCCCUUCGGGGUAACUUCUAUCCUAAUGCUCCAUUGCUGCCCGACGUCAAUCAUGCCACUCGCUUACCCCUGAAUCGCACCAUAGUCAUGCAGCUGAAGAUAAACCCUCAAUAUAACGUUC